AUGUCGGGUCGUCAGACGCGUGUGAUGGUUCAGCCCAUUAAUGUAAUCUUCAAACAUCUGCAGCAAAAAACAAAAGUUGUUAUCUGGCUCUACGACAACGUUGAAAUGCGUAUAGAGGGAAGAAUCAUUGGCUUUGACGAGUAUAUGAACGUUGUAAUGGACGAUGCAACAGAAGUCUAUACAAAAGAAGGACGGCCUUCUGUCCCCUUAGGGAGAAUUCUCCUCAAGGGCGAGAACAUUACCCUCAUCCAACCUCAGCAAUGA